AUGGUCGUCUCAGACAAGAUAACCGUGGCAGUUCGCGUCCGUCCACUUGGCGAACAUGGCGUGGGAGAUGUCGUUGUGCAUGACCCAGCUUCCUCUUCUCUCAUAAUCGGUGUUGAUCGUUCCUUUACUUUCGAUCAUAUUUUUCCAUCAGGGACAGACCAAACUUCGGUUUAUGACGUCUUAGUCGCUCCUCUUGUCAACGACUGUCUCAUUGGGGUAAAUGCCACAGUACUCGCUUAUGGGCAGACUGGCUCGGGGAAAACUUACACUAUGGGAACAUCAUAUGAAGUCGAGGACUUUUCAAUGACAGAUGGUGUGGGAAUAAUUCCACGUGCUAUUGUUAAUCUCUUCGAUCAAAUGGGGAACAUAACAGACAGUGAAAUUGCGGUGGAAGCUCAGUUUAUUGAAUUGUAUAACGAAGAGCUAAGGGAUUUGCUCACUCCCAGGAAGAAUCCCGUUAAAAUACAGGAAAAGGUUGGUGGUGGAAUUUAUCUCUCCGGUGCAACAUCAGUACGAAUAAAUUCAGUAUGCGACGCGUUACACCUUAUAAGAGCGGGUGGUGAGUCCAGGUCCACCGGAUCCACGAAAAUGAAUGCACAUAGUUCUAGGUCGCAUGCCAUCUUAACUUUGCAUAUCAGUCAACGAAAGAAGGUUGAGGGCGAUUCUCGUGUUGAAUUAAUUUCUUCGAAGUUUCAUUUCGUUGAUCUUGCUGGGAGUGAGAGGUUAGGUCGUACGGGCGCAGAGGGCGAGCGAGCAAAGGAGGGAAUCAAAAUCAAUUACGGACUGCUUGCUUUGGGAAAUGUCAUCAAUGCGCUUUCGGAAAACCAGAAACAUGUUCCAUACCGCGAUUCCAAGCUUACUCGCCUUCUCUGCGACUCUCUGGGUGGGAAUUCCCGCACUGUCCUUAUUGCCUGCAUUUCUCCUGCUGAGAUUGACAUGAAUGAGUCCAUCAACACCCUUCAGUAUGCCACUCGUGCGAAAAAGAUUCGCAACACCAUAUCUGUCAAUGUGGCCAACAUGACGUCAGCUGAUGCAGAGACGUUAAAGAAACUAUUGGCUGAAAAUCGUCGUUUGCGGCAGCAGCUGAAACUGGUCACUUCACAAACGGGGUCGGGAAUGCGCGCCAUAGCUUAUUCACGCUCGCCCAGUCGCUUGUCGUCGAGACCUCCAUUGCCUCCUCGAGCCAAGGAGAACCUUGCACAAAUCGCCAGUUCAUUUGACAAAAUUAUGGCUCUCCGGAUGAAGCAGAUGAGUGAAAUUACGAGUGCGAGCGCUGUGCGGUUCCAGAAGAUGUUGCAACUAACGAAUUUGAGAAUGCAGCAUGCUGUUCUCGAUGGAUGUAGUGAUCCGCAGGUCAGUUCUACUAUCUGUGUUGUCCCAUUUUCCGUGGAUCCUUAG